AUAAACGGCAUGGCUUCUUUUUCAGGAAUGUGUACUUGUGGUCAAGUUUUGAAUAAAUCCAGGGUAUUUUUAAACAGGAUUUCACCAAGUACAGUAACAGCACACCGGGGUAUUCAUUCAAGAAAAAGACAUAUAAAGCCACUGUUACUUCAACUGUACAACAGGCGAAUAAAGGAAGGACCAGUGCCAGAAGAACCAAGAUCAUCUUGGCUCAACUGGAACUUUGAUGCAGAGUUGUAUGCAUUUGGGAAAAGGCUUGGUGAGGAGUUUACUGACAGCACACUCAAAAAGGCAUUUACUCACAGGUCAUUUGUAGAAAAAGAGCAGUCAAAGAUACAAGACAGUUUCGAAGGGGAUGAGGGUUUGCUUGAUUUUCAAAGUAAUGAAGAUCUUAUAAGCAGUGGCAUGACACUCAUAAGUGAUUAUAUAAAGGCAUACCUGAGGCAUCACUAUCCAAGUUUUCCUGAGGAAGGGAUAAGUGCAGUCCAUGACUACCUGACAACAGAUGAACUUUUAGCUUACAUUGCUCUGAAUAUUGGGAUCAAAGAUCUUAUUUUGUCAGCAGAUUUUCCUGCGAGUGAAGAAACAUUAAGCAAGACGUUUCAGGCAGUAGUUGGAGCACUGGCUCAUGACCAGGGUAUGGAGAGGGCUGAGUUGUUCGUACAGGAUUUUGUGUUGACCCAGUUAAUAGGCAAAGAUAUCAAUGAGAUGUGGUCCAUUGUCAACCCAAUGGGUGUUUUAGUGAACAUUUUACAAAAACAAGAAAGAGGAGGACCAGAACCUAGGUUACUGUUUCAGUCUGGACAGAAAUCUAUUCUGUCUGUGUAUGUUGUUGGUAUUUACAGUGACAAAGAGUUGAUUGGGCAAGCUCCCGGAGAAACGCCAACAAUUGCAGAAGAAAUGGCAGCUGUGGACGCAUUAAAACGACUAUUCAGCACCGAAGACUGCAGGACGCCUCUCUCUUAUGGAGACAAGGGAAGAAAACUUCAUAUUGACAGAAACUCUGAGAAUCCAAAGCUACAAAAUUAUGUUGAAUUAAAAGAAGUCGAGGAAGCUUCCAGUUGAUAAAUGAAGGGCUCACUGGAAUAUACUCGAUUUUCGUUUGCCAUAUGCUGGACUAAAACGAAUGAUUGGAUAGAUUUGUUUGACCUAUAAUUACAAUGACUCUGCCAGAGCAAAAUUGCCACGCCUUUGAAAAUUGGUAAUAAAUGGAUUUAAGACCAGACUUGAACCACAUUUUGUAAAUACCAGCUGUAGAUUAUCUUUGAGCAAACAAAAUUAUCAUCUGAAAAAAUUAUUUGCGUUUAUUCUGUAAAAUAGAAAAUAAAAAUGUAUAUAAAAUCUUCAGUAUAACAAUUUAAUACAGAGACCUGCUUUGAUGUGUAUUGAGAUCUUCAAAUGUCAGUAUUACACAUACUGGAACUAUAAUAAUUUCAGCAGCUCUUUUCUUCAAAU